AUGAGAGCAUUGCCGGCAUUGAGAUUGAAUGCAAAUCUCAUUACCUUAUCUUCGCCCAGAUAUGGCAUUCGCACGGGUCCACAGAGAAUUGCACCAAGAUUUCCUGGAGAUUCUCCGUUCAAGAGGGGUACCGCAUUUGGUCCGCAGGGCAACAUCCCAGGUGGGGUCAAUAGCACCAAACUGCUUCGAAAGCGGCUGUGGCUUGCCGUCGCUGGUGCCAGUGCCCUUUUAAUAGGGGGUGUCAUUCUUCCCAACCUUGAAAAGGCUCCGAUCACGCAGCGUUGGAGGCUGAUGCUUGUCAACACACAGCAAGAGGCAACGCUCGGGUCUAUGACGGCCGAAAGCCUUUGUCGGCAAAAUGCAUCUCUUUUACUUCCACCCAACGAUCCCAGCGUGGUCCUUGUGCACAGGGUGACCAGAAGAAUCCUAUUGGCCGCUCUUACUGUAUUUCCGGAAUUAUUUCCUCCAAAUGCAUCCUUUGAAGCUGUUCUCAAGUCGUUUCCAAUACGAGUCAUCAAAUCGUCGAUGGUAAACGCGUCCGUCCUUCCAGGUACCUUUUGA